GUACGUGGCACUUAUCCGUUUUGGUUAGGAGUCUGCCUUAGUAGCUGAGUCCCACUUGAACAACUUCGCUUCGUGUACGUUUCUCCUAUCUUCAUCUCUAAAACACACAGAAAGAGCUAGAUGGUUUAGAUGAUAAUGGAAUUAAGUUUUGCAGGAUGCUGUUGAGUGUUUGUCUCUGACAUUGGGUCACUCCGCUUGUUCUCUACAGCUUCUCUGACGUAAGUAGAUCACAUCAUAUUACUUAAUGGGGGGAGCUUGUUCCAGGAAGCGAGACCAACUGGAUAAUGGGGAUAACCUAAAUGGAAGAGUUUCGAGAAGAUUUUGUAAAAGUGGAAGCUCUAAAUGGUUGGGGACUUCAUUUACUAGAGCAUCUAUGGAUGUUAUUCAAGGAAAUCGAAGAUGUCCAUCUCUCAUGGAAUUGUGUAUUUAUAAGAUUCGUGAAGACAUAAACAAAUACAGUACCUUGUCUAUGUUGCCAAGGGAUCUAAGUCAGCAAAUUUUCGAUGACCUGGUUUAUUCCCAGUGUCUAACUGAUUCUAUACUAGAAAAUUUUCGAGAUUGUGCUCUUCAGGAUCUUAAUUUUGGAGAAUACCCAGGAUGUAAUGACAAUUGGAUGGAUGUCAUCUCUUCGCAGGGUUCAUCUUUGCUCUCUGUAGAUCUUUCUGGUUCUGAUGUUACUGAUUCUGGAUUGUUUCAUCUCAAACAUUGCAAGAACCUUCAAGCGUUGAAUUUAAAUUAUUGUGACCUGAUUUCGGACCAUGGCCUGGAACAGAUCAGUGGUUUAUCAAACCUCACAACGUUAUGUUUCAGAAGAAACAACGUAAUCACUGCUCAAGGAAUGAGUUCCUUAUCUGGCCUAGUGAACUUGGUAAAGUUGGACUUGGAGAGAUGUCCAAAGAUCCAUGGAGGGCUUGUUCACCUUAAUGGCCUAGUGAAGCUUGAGUCUCUUAACAUCAAUUGUUGCAGUUGCAUCGCUGAUGCCGAUAUGAAGCAUCUUUCGGGACUUUCAAACUUGAAAUCAUUACAAAUUGCAUUCAGCAAGGUUACUGAUUAUGGCAUCACCUAUCUGAAAGCUUUGCACAAACUUGCUCUUUUGAACAUGGAGGGUUGCCCUGUUACUGCUGCUUGCUUGGAGUCUCUUUCAGAUCUUGGUGCUUUAUUGUAUUUGAAUCUGAGCAGAUGUAAUAAUUUGACUGACGAUCGGAUUGACAAGUUUUCAAAGCUGCGAAGUCUGAAAGUGUUGAAUCUAGGGUUUGAUGACGUCUCUGAUGCCAUUUUGACACACCUGAAGGAUUUAACAAAUUUGGAGAGCUUAAACCUGGAUUCUUGCAGGAUCAGUGAUGAAGGCAUGGUUAAUCUUGCAGAUUCAGGCCUUCAUCGUCUCAAAUGCUUGGAAUUGUCUGAUACCCAAGUCGGAAGCAGUGGAUUGUGCCAUCUCUCUGGUCUAGCUAAUUUGGAGAGUUUGAAUCUUUCCUUCACUGCUGUCACUGAUGGUGGUUUGAAAAAGUUGUCUGGGUUAUCAUCUCUAAAAUCCCUCAACUUGGAUGCACGUCAAAUUACGGACGUUGGCCUUGCAGCUCUUACAAGUUUGACUGGAUUAAGUCAUUUGGAUCUUUUUGGAGCUCGCAUUACUGAUUCUGGAACAAAUUAUCUGCGAUGUAUGCUGAGAAACCAACUCUGUUACUUGUUUUAAGUUGGUUAUUUCUAUAAGUGCAUUGUUGAGUCCACCAGUUACGGUAUUUUCUGUUCCAAUUUGCGGAUUACUUGAAGUUAUAUUUCUGGCUCUUUGCGUUGAGAAGUGAAAAAGGAGUUACGGGAUUAUUGGGGCUAUAACAUUGUUCAGG